GAUACUACAGCUGCACCCUAUAUAUUUCAAGAUGACCCAUAUCUUAUUCCUAGAACUAGUUCUGAGUUUCGUUUAUUUUCCUUGUCAAAAGAAUCUGGGAAAAAUGCAGCCAAAUAUGUCGUUAACACACAUCCUAAAUAUUUCAAGAAGGACAUUGCUGAACCUCAUAUACCGAGUUUCAUGCCAGAGGAGUUGGCACCUCAGCUUGAAGACGUGAGUGAGGAUACACUUAAAAAUCGAAUCCACUUCAAAAAAGUAAAAGCUUCUGUAGACAUGUAUGAUCAACUUCUGCAAGCAGGAACCCCCAUAUCCUUGGAGACCUCAAACAGACUUCUCGAUCUUCUGUGUUUUUAUGGAGAUAGAGAAUCAAAUCAGGAGAAUAGUCACGGAGGUAACCGUGAAGUGGGAGACUUGGAAGAAACUCCUGAAGAAAAUAGACAGAGAGGCAACUUUCAGAAUGCUGCUGAUAGCUUUGGCAUUAAAUGGAGGGAGAACAACAACGCUGAGAGAAUAUUUAGCCUAAUGCCAGAAAAAAACGCACAUUCGUACUGUACAAUGAUCAGAGGGAUGGUGAAGCAUAUGGCAUAUGCAAAGGCUUUUGAUAUGUACACUGAUUUGCUGAAUAAUGGAUUUAAUGCUGAUGUGUAUACAUUCAAUGCACUAAUUUUAGCAGCUGCAGAAGUGAAAGAAAAAUACACAGAAAGAUGGGAGCUUGUUGAAGACUUGUUAAGACAGAUGGCUCAACAGAAGAUACAGCCAAACCUGUUAACUUUUAAUUGUGUGCUGAAGGCACUGAGGCGAUGUGGUUCUUUAGCCCGGAGUAUGGCCCUCCAGACCCUUAGUGAAAUGAAAGCACUAAAUAUAGAACCCAGCCUUGCAACAUUUGACCAUCUCCUUGCAAUAUUUUACAGAUCAGCCAUGUCUUCUCGAGGCCAAACAGAAAUUAUCUAUGAGGUGUUAGAUGAAAUUGAGGGAAAGAGUUUUUACCCUCAAGACCCAGAUGACAUUUACUUCUUCGCAAAUGCUAUGAGAAUAGUAAGUGAUUUUGAUGUCUGCUAUUUAAUGCUUUAAAUGUGAAUGUAUGUUUCCAUAGCUUUCUAGUUACUUGUGAUUUCUACAAACUUGUUGAUCUGUUCUGCUCUUUGGAGCUGUA